AUGCCUACAAAUAGCAGCGCAUUUGGCUUCGCACCCUCGCCAUCCGGGGCCAAGAUGAGCCAAUCUGCGUCCAAAAAGCGCAAGAUGGAUAGCGGAGAGACAAAGUACUACGCCGUGCGCGCCGGCCACAAGCCCGGCGUCUACACCACCUGGGCCAUUUGCCAGCAGCAGAUAUCGGGGUUCAAAGGAGCCGUCUUCAAGUCUUUCCUCUCGUACGAAGAUGCAUCGGCGUUCGUAGCAGGCCGGGACCCGCCGUCCAUGGCCAACGACAAGCCCGACCGAUUCUACGGCGUCGCCGUCGGCCGCAAGCCUGGCGUGUACACGGACUGGUCGAAGGCGCAGCAGGCUAUCGUCGGCUGGAAGGGGCCCAAGUACAGAAAGUUUGACACGCACGCCGAGGCACUUGCGUUUGUGCGCGCAUACAGAAAUGUCGCCGCGGCGCCUCUCGUCGAGGUCGAGGGCUCAGAGGAGGAAGAGCCGCCAACUAAGAGGGCCAAAACCGCCGCGCGAUCACAAGCUGCUAUCCCGGUCGUAUACACGGACGGGAGCAGUCUUGGCAACGGCCGGGCUGGCGCUGCUGCGGGCGUUGGGGUGUUUUUCGGAACGGGAGAUCCACGGAACAUCUCGGAGCGGCUCGUGGGCGACCCCCAGACGAACCAGCGCGCCGAGCUCACGGCGCUCCUGCGCACCCUCGAAGUCGUGCCCGAGAACCAGUCGAUCGAGAUCCGCACCGACAGCAAGUACUCGAUCCAAUGCGUGACGGAGUGGUACAUCAACUGGCAGAAGAAUGGCUGGCGGACCCAGGGCGGCCCCGUCAAGAACAAAGACCUAGUCGUGGCGAUCCGGGCCAGGCUAGACGCGAGGCAGAAGAAGGGUGCCCAGACGCAGUUUACGUGGGUAAAGGGCCACGCCAGCGACCCGGGCAACAUUGCUGCCGACUACCUGGCGGUCGAGGGGGCAAGGAAGCGGGCGUGA